AGAGUGUACUGUUUGUAAAUAAAAAUACCAAAACAAUCCGCGUUAUUCGACUGUUCCGCGCAAUUCCCGUUCCCGUCCGCAAUAAAAUGAUUAAAAAUCGCCUCUUCCUGCUGCUGCUGACCAGCAUCCUCAUCGUCGAGACGGCCCAGAUCACCAAGGACAAUAAGGAUAGUCCAUCGUCGUCGUCCUCUACGGUCAAUCAGCAGCCGCACGAAUUCCAUCCGCUUGGGCCACUGGUCAAGUGUUCGUUCCUGCCGCUCGAGUUCAUGGAUUGCGACGAGCCGCUGGACCACAAAGGAAACCGUACGGCCAAGGAAGAACUUGGGCACGGUUGCGUCAAGUUCGGAGGCGUCCACUACGAUGAUGUCGAAACGACCAAAGUGCGGUGCGUUGUGUUCGAGAACAUUGAAUGCUUCGGACCGAGAGAAUUCAUGCGGGAUGGGUUCCCGUGCGUCAAGUAUACGGAUCACUACUUUGUGACCACGUUGCUGUACAGCAUACUGCUGGGAUUCCUGGGCAUGGAUCGGUUUUGUCUGGGUCAAACCGGAACGGCUGUCGGGAAGCUUUUGACCCUUGGGGGCAUCGGCAUUUGGUGGAUAGUGGAUAUUGUGCUGCUGAUAACAAAUAAUCUGCUCCCGGAGGACGGAAGCAACUGGAACAAUAAGGUCUAGGCGGGUUGGGAGGUUCCCAAAGAGUGUUAAUUUGCUUGACCUAACUGCAACGCAUUCUCAGACUGAAUUUCGUUCGAGGUACCGUUCAUAAACCGCCGUUGCUUUUGGUUCUAGUACAAUGUGAGCAUGUACAUAUAUGAUUAUGAUAAAAACUUAAUUAUUAAAUAACGUAGUCCUGUAGGCGAAUUCCAGCGCGUAUUUUCUUCGAAGAAAUGCAAAUUUUCUUGCUGGUGAGUAAUGGAAGUAAACUUCUUCUCUUCGAAGAAAUUGUUCGCCGGAAUUCAGCUACUGAGCUGAUAUUUAUAAAUCAUUCUAGUAAUUAAA